UCGCCAGCUACCCUGCGUGCCUCCGGCUGUGCACUAAACACCCAGACCUUUUGCCGAGAGCUUUCCUUAAUCCCCCGGAUUCUUUAUAUAGGAAUUAAUCUCUCCGUCACACGGGGAGAGCAGCAAAGGGACUGGAGACCUGGGUGGGAUGUUUAUGCGUGUGUCUGUGUGUGUAUUUAUUUCAUAUGUGGAGGUCUAGAACUGUAUUGCUUUGAUUUUUUUUUAUUCUCUCCUGAUCUGGAUUUAGCUGCUCUCUUGAUCAGGACGGGACAACAGCAAAGCAGUUAGGUGAAACCUCCCUGUUGGAAUUAAAAGUUUUGGGGUGGGAUCGAGCAUAGCAACAUGGCUGAGCAAGAAAGUAGUGGCUUGCAGGUCCUUCUCUCUACUUUCCAGAGUUCUCAUGACAAAGAUGUGAUUCUGAAUACCCUGAGUAUUCUCACAAAUCUUCUUUCAAUUGGGACAAACAGGAGAGUCCAGUACACUAUUAGCAAAGGGGGCAGCGAAGCCCUUUUGCAGGCACUGGUGAAUGCUGCACAAACGUCCGUUCCAGACUAUGACAUCUUGUUACCUCUGUUGCGCUUGCUGGUCAAAAUUGGCUGUAAAGAUAAGAAGUUUGGACUAAAAGCAAAACGUCUGGAGGCAAUUGAUGUAACUCUCAGCUUGGCACGAAAAAAUCUUAACCAUCAUGAGCAUCUCACCCACUGUCUCUGGGUCCUGCAACUUUAUGCUUCCACUGUUUCAGUAGGAACUAUGUUGGGCAUUAAUGGAGCGAUGGAAUUGCUUUUCCACGUUAUCACACCAUAUACCAAGAAGCAUACCAUCACAACAAGGGCAGCUGUUGAAGCUCUGGCAGCUUUGUUGAAAUCAAAAUCUAAUAGUCGCCGAGCCGUACACAGAGGUUAUGUUUGUCAACUGCUCCGGCUGUAUCAGGAUUGGCAUCAUCGAGACACCUCCAAUAACUACAUUCUAAUCCGGAGGGGUCUUUUGCUUUGUCUCAAGCACAUCACCAAUGUCCGCUCUGGGAGAGAGAGUUUCCUUCUUAUUCAUGGCAUGGAGACCCUCUUCAGAACAACUCAGGGCAGCCUGUUUAGCAAGCAUCUGGACCCUAUUGUCAAUACAGUGGCUCAGAUCCUAAGGAAAACCUAUCCAAAGAUGCCCCUUCCUUCAGCUGCAAUUAUCAGUUCCUAUUCCUUUCCCAUUCCUGGGAGAACGGAAUCUUCACUUCCCAGGCCUGAAGAUUAUGGUGAUGAAGAUGCUGAGGAGGAGAUUGAGAAAGACUUUGAUAAUGACAAUGUGGAGAAUAAGGAGGAGGAUGAUGAUCUAGAGAAGGAUAUUGACAAGCUCCUAUCUAGACCAGAGCUUGACCGACCAGAAUCGGAACUGAAACAAUAUAUGAUCAUGUGUCCUGAAGUUCAGUAUAACUUUCAGGAGAAGGAAUUGGAAUCUGAAGAUGAGCUGAGUUCUGAGGAUAUCUCUGGGACCCUGACAUGUUCCUGCCUCCAUGUCAUUCCAUGCGCUACUUCUCUGAAGCACGAGCUCAAAGGUAGAGAAGGGGACCAAAGUAUAGAAGAAGAAGAACAAACCCAAAAGGCUUCAGAAAAGACAGUACACAGAGAGGAAAGAAAAGAGAAACCUCAAGAACUUGGAAAAAGAAUUCUUGGUGAAUUGGAGCCUUUGAUGACUUCUUUCAGAGAAGGCAUCAUCUCUAGUAAGGGUCAUACAGCUCAAGAUGGAUUACAGAACAGGCAGACAUCCCAGUUCCAACGUAUGAAUUCCUGUGGGCCUGGCUGCCAGGAAAGAGUGGAAGCUUCUGAAGUGGUCACACAGGUCUUGGAGAGGCAUCCUGGGAAUAUCCCUUUCCACAAUCCCUGUUUCUUUAUGGCAAGGGCUAGUUGCACCCGAUCCAUUCCAGACUACAGAGUACUGGCAUUCCCAGAUCUCUGGGGGCAUCAACCCCCUCCUUACAGCCAGCCUUUACAACAAAGAAGAUGUGGUAUCCAAAAGGCCAAAAUAUUUGAAGACAUCCGCCGUGUGGUCCAACCAGCUGAUAUGAUCAAGCGAGUUGUCUUUGAUUUAGACAGUUCUGGUUCUUUACAUUCAGAUGAACCAAACUGCUUAAAGUUCUUUUCCAGAUUUGAAUCCGGGAAUCUCCGCAAAGCCAUCCAAGUGAGGGAGUACGAAUAUGAUUUGAUCCUCAACUCUGACAUCAACAACCCCCAAUACCAUCAGUGGUUCUAUUUUGAGGUCAGUGCCAUGAAGUCUGCCAUCCCAUACCGCUUCAACAUCAUCAACUGUGACAAGCCAAACAGCCAGUUUUGUUUUGGUAUGCAACCAGUCAUAUAUUCAGUGAAGGAAGCUCUCCAGGGCAGACCUCACUGGAUUCGGGUGGGCUAUGAUAUCUGUUAUUACAAAAACCACUACAGAAACUGUCCAGCAGCAGCAGCGGCAGCAGGAGGUCCCCAUGGGAAGUCAUUGUAUACACUCACCUUCAGCCUCGUUUUCCCUCACAAGGAAGAUGUUUGCUACCUGGCCUACCAUUAUCCAUACACCUACUCUACCAUGAUGUCCCACCUUGACGUCUUGGAGCAAACCAGGAAUAGAAAGAAAGUCUUCUUCAGGAGGCAGACCCUCUGUCACACUCUAGCAGGAAAUCCAUGCCCUCUUCUUACCAUCACUGCCAUGCCUGAAUCAGAAAGCAGGGAUGACCUGAAACAGUUCCGUGACCGUCCUUAUGUGGUACUCAUGGCACGGGUCCACCCUGGUGAGAGCAAUGCCAGCUGGGUAAUGAAGGGGACUCUGGAGUUCCUCCUCAGUAGCGACCCCCUUGCUGAUCUCCUGCGGCAAUGCUUUAUCUUCAAGAUUAUUCCCAUGCUGAAUCCAGAUGGAGUCAUCAGUGGCCA